AUGAUCUUUGGCUUCAAGGAAAUCCCCCAUGAGCUCGUUAUCUUGGCCAACCACGAUGAAGUCGCCCCCAUUCGUCUCGUUGGAUUCACGCAGGUUCCUGUACUCCAGUUACCCAAUGGUCACGCCUUUCCGAAAGCGAAUAAGUUACUGGAGCGAUUAGUUCCCAUGUUUUACUCCAACCAGUCGGUGAAUGAAAAUCUCAGCUAUGACGAAAUCAGCUUUCAGUCCGUGAAUGAAAAUCUCAGCUAUGACAAUAUUAUCUUUUUCGGUCAUUUACGUGGACUGACACUUGCUCGUGACUUGAAGUGGCCGACUAAGCUGCGCGAAUAUAUCGGCUACAUGUCCGAUAAAGCGGACAUUCCUCUGCUAGAUAGCAUGGCAGUUUACUAA